CUCAAAAAUCUUUUUUGGCGGGUCCCACUUCUAUUCUGCGCAGUCUCUCCUUCCCCUUCCCUGGAGUCUCUCCUGGAAAAUUUACUCAAUUUUCAUUUACCGUAAAUAAAAUAUUCUCUUCCAUAAUCAAAGCAAGAAAAAAAAGAAAAAGGAGCUUACCUUUUAUUUAUAUUUAUUUAUUUAUUUUGGGGCUAAUAAAAACAGUGAGAGAUUCGAUCCGGUACUAGUCUCGGCGACAGUUGGAUACAGAGAGAGAGAAGAGAGAGGAGAGAACAACAUCGAGAGCUUACGGGCAUCGUUCAUGUCGGAACAGUCGAUGAUGAGGCAAUUGAGCACCAGCUGAAUCGCCGCCGUCGUUUUUGUCGGAAAACGAGGUUGUGUUUUUGCUCUGGACUAGGUCUUUCUGCCUUGCUUUCUGAAGAUAUUGCACUUGUCUUUGGAAUGCAUCUCAUAUUAGUUGGUCUUGGGAGCAGAAUUCUUGCGUCAGAGUUGGAUGGUGGUAGCGUGCAUUUUUCCUGAAUAUGCUAGAGUCGAGUAAAUUUAACUCCACGUGUUGAUGCUGGUUCCCUCCGGAAGUGCUUUGGGAGCAAAGACAGUUUUAAGAGUGUUUUAUAAGAAGAAAGCAUGGAGCAUAUAUUAGAGAAGAGGUUCCCAGUUGAUGCAAAAGAUUAUAAGUUAUAUGAAGAAGUUGGUGAAGGUGUCAGCGCCACUGUGUACAGGGCUCUCUGCGUUCCACUUAACUUGAUUGUUGCAAUCAAGGUUCUUGAUUUGGAAAAAUGUAAUAAUGACCUGGGUGGUAUUCGGAGAGAGGUACAGACAAUGAGCUUGAUUGAUCACCCAAAUGUUCUACAGGCUCAUUGCUCUUUCACAAGUGGCCAUAACCUUUGGGUUGUAAUGCCGUAUAUGGCUGGUGGGUCCUGCCUUCAUAUAAUGAAGUCCGCUUAUCCAGAGGGUUUUGAAGAGACUGUUAUUGCUACUUUACUGCGUGAGGUUCUCAAAGCUCUUGUUUAUCUUCAUGCCCAUGGGCACAUUCAUAGAGAUGUGAAGGCUGGUAAUAUUUUGAUCGAUUCUAAUGGCACUGUCAAGUUAGCUGACUUUGGUGUGUCAGCGUGUAUGUUUGAUACUGGAGAUAGGCAACGUUCCAGAAACACUUUUGUAGGAACCCCUUGCUGGAUGGCUCCAGAAGUUAUGCAGCAAUUGCAUGGAUAUGACUUUAAAGCAGACAUCUGGUCAUUUGGUAUAACAGCACUUGAGCUCGCUCAUGGCCAUGCCCCAUUUUCCAAGUAUCCACCAAUGAAAGUUCUGUUGAUGACUUUACAAAAUGCUCCUCCUGGUCUGGACUAUGAAAGGGAUAAGAGAUUUUCAAAGUCCUUCAAAGAAUUGGUAGCUGCUUGCCUAGUCAAGGACCCAAAGAAACGUCCAACCUCAGAAAAGCUUUUGAAGCACCACUUUUUUAAGCAUGUGCGUCCCCCUGAGUAUUUAGCUCGCACCAUUCUAGAGGGUCUCGCUCCAUUAGGUGAUCGUUUUAGGAUGCUGAAGGCAAAGGAGGCUGAUCUUCUUGUGCAGAACAAGGCUCUCUAUGGGGAUAAAGAGCAGCUGUCGCAGCAAGAGUACAUUCGAGGAAUCAGUGCCUGGAAUUUUAACCUCGAGGACUUGAAAAAUCAGGCUGCUCUGAUUCAGGAUGAUGAAAUGCCAAAUGUUGAAGAGCCAAAGAAGCAAAUGGAUGGAUAUAAAGAUGCAGACAUUCCAGCGGAGAGGUUGUCCCUUAAAAUGGCCAGCCAGUCUAAUCCUGCUCCAAAUCAGGAGGAUGAAUUCAGUGAUCUUCAUGAUUUGGAGAGUUCACUUACUUCAUUUCCUAUUAAACCUCUUGAAGCACUUAAAGGUUGUUUUGAUAUUUGUGAGGAUGAUGUGAGUGCCACUAGUCCAAGAAUGGUGUACCAAGAAAAUGGAAGAAGUGAUGGUGAUUGUUCUGGGCAAAGUAGUUCUUUGCCACGUCAUGUCAUAGCUGAGCAUAAAAAAUUUUUGAGCGGCACACUACUACCAGAUAAUGCUCUUUCUCCUAAAAGGGUUGUUGGUGACGGGGACAGGGAUUAUCAACAAUCAAAACUUCAGUUUGAGCGGAACUACAGCGGUUCAUUGGUGUAUCGCCAGAUGAGAGAUACCAAUAAUGCUACAUCUGCUGAAGAUACAUCUGACGGAACGGUUGUCCAGCGUAAGGGCCGCUUUAAAGUCACAUCAGCCGAGCUGAGCCCGAAGGGUCCUGCAAACUGCUACUUCAACCCAAUAUGUGGAGGUUCAAUCAGUCCAACCACCCUGAAGGUUACAGCUUCAACGGUUCUUCCAUCACUGCAAUGCAUUUUGCAACAGAAUGCGAUGCAAAGGGAAGAAAUAAUUAAAUUGAUAAAGCAUGUGGAACAAACAUCUGGCAAGCAAGUGGAGUUAACGGAGGCAGGCACAUGUGACCUUUUGCUGACAUCUCCUGCUUCCUCCCGCGAGAGAGACCUGCAAUGUCAGGUGAAUAAUUUGCAACAGAGAAUUGGGAGUCUUGUCGAAGAAUUGCAGCGACAGAAAAUAAAAAAUUCCCAGGUUUCUGUCUUUACCCUGGCUAUAAAUUUAGAGAGGCAAUUGAGUGUGGUGGCCCACAAAGACGACGAGUAAGGGACGAGUUUGUUUCGCAAUAGCACUGUUGUCUCUACAACGAAACUCGAAAAUCCAUGUGACCGGGCCAAUGAAGCGAGGAUGGCAUAUGAAUCAAAGUCCAAGCGAUAGAAUUUUUCAAAUGACAAAAGCUUGGUCUGAGUGGCAAAGCUGCUUGAGAGGUAUACGAGCAUUCUUUGUACUGUAUUUUUCUAGUGUACCAUAUGUGUGAAGAAAAAAUGUGUGUUUAUGCAGACAGCCAAAAUUUUGAAAUCCAAUUCCCCGCGUCUCUCACAUUUCUGUAAGAUGUAAUUUUUUAAAACUAGAUAUUGUAAUUAUAAUCUCUUAGAACACAUACAAAAAGUGCAUGCUUGUGUUGUCUCACUCCAUUUCACAGAGAAAUGUGGAUUGG